UCUAUACAACUGCGUGCAAUACGCACCCCUAUCUCUCUCUUUUUCCCUUUUUUUAGGUUUAACCCAUUUAUCAAUUUACCUUUCUACCCUCCAAUCUCAUAUAUAUUUCACAUUUACUUUUUAUAUUUUCAAUAAUAAUCAAAAAAUACCAAUUUAAACAACCACCCCAAACCAAACCCUAGAAUCAUACAAAUCACAAAUUCGCUGAUCCGGCAGUUAAUCAAACAUUAAUUCAUCUAAUUAACAGCUUAUUGUUUCAAUUCGGGUUCUUGAUUUCAAGAAAAAGGUGUGGGUAAAUUGUUCAACGGUUUUAACGUACAAUGAGGUUUAAAAAGGGUAGCAAAGUGGAGGUUAUGAACAAGGAGGUGCCGGCAUCAUGGUGUGUUGCAGAAAUCGUUUCGAGCAAUGGGCACGGUUACAAUGUGAGGUAUGACGGUUAUGAAGGUGUGGAAAGGGUAUCGAGAAGGUUCGUUAGGCCUUCUGCGCCUGCGAUCGGUUUACAAAAUUGGGUGAGUGGUGAUAUUGUGGAAAUUUUUGAUGAAAAUUCUUGGAAAGUUGCAACGGUUUCGAAAGUCUUGAAAGGCGGUCGGUUUUUGGUACGGCUGCAUGGGUUCAGUCAUGAAAUUAGGGCCCAUAAAACGAACGUUAGGGCACGACAGGCGUGGCGUGACGGUCAAUGGGUUCCAAUUGCAAAGAUUUCAGGAAGCAAUGGGGUUGAGCCGAUGAUCUAUCAAAAGGAAGACAACGAUGCUAGAUUACAAAAGCGUAAGAGAUCGUCCCCAUUUUGCUCAUCUCUUCACGAAGCUAAGAAAGUCAAACAUGCCGAGAAAGACGGCAGUCAAAGUCAAAGGCGUGUUUCAACCCAUUCAUUUGAAAAGGUAGAUGCUUUUGAGGGUAAAAAAUACAUGCAAGCAUCCUUUAACAAUAGUUUAAAUGGUUAUUAUAAACCGGAGAAAAGAAAAACAUACGGUGUUGGAUGUGAUCAUACAAGAAUACCUGAACCUAACGAAUCCGACACUGACGAGUGCUCUGUCGGUAGUUGUAGUGUUCCUAGUAACGGUCCUAAUAACUUGUCUAGUCAUUAUGACGCCGAUGGUCUUUCUAGUGACGGGGGGUCUUUUAAUACUUCACGCGUUGAACACGAAGUCGCAGCGAGUAUUCAUAGGUUAGAGUUGCAUGCAUACCGUUCCACUUUGGAAGCGUUAUACGCUUCCGGCCCAUUAAGUUGGGAAAAAGAAGCAUUAUUGACCAAUCUUCGUAUUAACCUGAAUAUUUCAAACGAUGAACAUUUGACCGAGCUAAGGCAUUUAAUUUCAUCCGGAGCCCGUAUUCUUGAUUAACUGUGAAUCGACGAUUUGACGGUUUUUAUUUAUUUUCUUUUUCUUUUUCUUUUCUCCACUUUAAGAUUAGAACGUUCUUGUACAAUUUCAAUAAUGUUGUAAGAAGUAAUAUGAGAUAUUACAUGUAGUUGCAUAGACUUUUUGAUCUUGUAAUUAGUAAUGAAAUGUAUCCAAUCUUUUAUGAGGUGAAUUUAAA